AUGGAUUCUGUGUCUGAGUCAGUCCAGCCAGGAGAUUCUGUGACUCUGAACUGUACAAUACACAAUGAGACCUGUGCAGGAGAACACAGUGUGUAUUGGGUUAGACAUGGCUCAGGAGAAUCCCAUCCAGGAAUCAUUUACACCCAUGGAGACAUGAGUGAUCAGUGUGAGAAGAGCCCUGAGGCUGGGUCUCCUACACAGAGCUGUGUCUACAACCUCCCCAAGAGGAACCUCAGCCUCUCUGAUGCUAGGACUUACUACUGUGCUGUGGCCUCAUGUGGGGAGAUACUGUUUGGAAACGGGACCAAACUGGAGAUCAAAGACACUGGCGGAGACCCUCUUCUCUUAUUGUACUGCCUGAGCUCAGCAUUGGGUGUCUCGUUUAUCCUGAUCAUUUUCCUUGGUUACAUUAUGUACAAGAUGAACAAGAGAAAGUGUCUACAUAUUCUCCCUCCAAUUUAUAAUUGUUCUUCACAGGAUCAAGAUGCAGACAGUCUCCAUUAUGUAGCUCUGAAUCUGAGAAACAAGAAGAACAGGUCUAGAAGACAGAGAAGCAACAUGGAGGAAGAGACGGUGUACUCUGGAAUCAGACAGUAUAACUGGAUGAAUUAAACAGUUGUCCUUUUAGACCAGAUAGCUCUUUAACUUGCCCUAACUUCAUUAGCUUUAUAUGAAUGCUUCAGUAAAAUGUGUUGUAAUCAGUGGUCAUAGUUUUUCAAGUGUAAUAUAAAGUGCAAAUAGAAAAAUAAAGCAUUUCCAUCUGUUAAACCAAAUUAAUUUGAAUAAGUUGAACUGAAUGCAUUCUG